CGACAAAACAAUCACCGCUGCCUCACGUCUUCCUACCACCACAGCUCGCAUCGAUACACCACAAUCACCAUGUUCUCACCGCAACCACACUCUGGAGAUAUUCCACUCAACCCAGCCGCACGUAGCAGAAGACCGCGGCCGUCGCGUCCGACCUCUAGGGUACAGCAGCGUCAUGAGAGAUCAGCCAGUGGCCUGUCUGUUGCCGGCAGCACCAAGGAAGACUCGGUGAUUCUACUACGGCAGGAUUCGGAGAGCGUAACGAACGCCAGUGCAGACGUUUCUUUAAUCCGAAAGCAAUCUACUGGACUGGGCGGAAAAGAGCAGGAUGGCAGUUCGACUGAUUUGACCAAAAACGAAAAAUACCGGGUCUCCAAACUUCCUGGGCUGCCGAAGAUUCUUAGUGAGAGUGCUUCAAACAACAUACGCGUUACAGCUUCCACCGAUUCCGCCCACCGCUAUGCCCUCCUACUUUCCCACGAUUGUGCCUACGUAUGGGAAUACACCGUACCCCACGCCUUACCACUCACCUUCUCGUUCCCCCUGCCGCGCGAAGGACCAGCAGACGCGAAUGCUCCCUUCCCGCUCGGAGCGCUGGUUUCGCCCUCGGCCAACAGCCAAGAGCCCGGGCUUGUUGUGAUCAUGCCCAUGACCGGUCGGAUAGCCUACUGGGAUGCCGUCGGUAGUGCGGUAUCGGAGGGUCUGUUUGCGAAGAGACGAGGUGUCGAGGGCAAGGUGCCAACAAUGUCCAACGAGAUCAUCACAUCGGUGUGCAAUGCGGAACCGGCAGGAUUCAUUAUUUCUACGAGCUCUGGGAGACUUGCGCACUUGGCGCUGAGAGACGCUGCAGGACGACCCGGGGUGACGGUAACCAUCAUGAGGGGAACCACUGGUCUGGGCGGUUUGCUUGGUGCUUUGAGGGCUGGCAGCAAUCGUCGGGAUAUUGCGGCUGUACGUUCUGGAAAAUCCUUACGCAUGGGCGAACGGGAGGUCCUUGUUUGCACGGAGCGCGGAAUCUUCUCUCGGUGGCAUAUCAACCGGUCCGGAAAUUACGCCAAUACGACAGAUGUGGACUUGCGGGUGCAGAUCCAGACUGCCCUCUCAGGCGAGAAGGCUCUCCAAGGGAAGAACAUAGACGGACUACAUGUGAUCGACUUUCAAGUUGCCAGUUACGUCGACAGCGGAAUUCCGGGCCAGGAAGAUGCUGUCCGCCUCCUAGUACUGACGGGUAUGAUGUCAACCAACAAUCACUCCGCGACCUAUGCUCUGGUCUCCUUGGAUGUUCUGGCCAGUGGAAGUUCCAUCGUGGGCAGUGUUCACGUCAUCAAGUCGUACGCUACGGGCUGGGAGACUAGCACGUCGCCGAAGCUGUAUUUCCCUUCACCGAAGAAGACCGUUUUUGUGGUGUUUGGCAAGGCAGUCGUGGUGAUCUCUGGAUUAACACGAGAGCGGGGGAUGGAUGGCGAAGAUCAGGGUGCAUUUGAAGAUGUCAUUGAUUUCCGAAGUGACCUUCACAUUGAAAUUGUUGGAAGUGGUUCGGAGGGCGUGGGUGACGACUUGGUGGGUGGCGAGGCCUCGUUUACAUCAGAUCAGGGUCACAUCAGGCGGAUCAAGAAUCCAGGAGUUGUGUUGGUUGCCAAGGGGGCUGGCAUCCUCAGAGUGGAGGCUUUCGACAUCGGACAUGCCACGGUCACCGCCCCUGUUACAGUGAAGAGCAAGCUGGAGCAGGCCGUCUUCUUUGGAACAAAGCGUGAUAAUCCCCUCAACUUCUCUGGACGGCGCGAGGUCAAAUUCCCGGUUGAGGAGCUGGAGGAAGCAGCGCUUGAGGUUAGCCGAGAGAUCCUCUGCUCCAGGUCGCCAUAUAUGCCGACGAUGCUACCAUCACUCGGAAGCCACCUUGAGAUGAGAUCGACACACUUGCGGAAUCUCAUGACACACCUGAAGACGGGAGCGUUCGGUCGCGUUUCAAAAGGAGUACGCUGGCGACUUCUCCAAGAUGCCGAGAAGUGCGAAGCUGCAGGCGCUCUCUGGGAUGUGCGAAACGAACGCCUACGGGAAGACCCCACCGAGGCGGAUGGUGUGUUGGAGGCCGUCAUCGCAGCAGAAUUCCCUCCGGACGACACCGAUGUAGCUGCUAGCAACGAUCCUACUCGAGCGUGGUUCCAACGUGGGGUUCAGGAUAUCGGGCGGCUACUUCACAGCGUCAAGAAAGGCUAUGCUAGCUUGCCCAACCAGGGGAAGCAGAACAGGCUGGCCUUCGCCAUUGCCGAUUGCGAGGCGAACGACUUGGUUCUUGGUGCACUUAAGAAGGCCUGGGAAUUCCGAGCGGAGUCUGCAACCUCGUACGGCCUCGCGGGAGAGAAUGGCGUCGGUAAGAAUGGGUUUCUCCGGGUUUCCAAGGGAUACAUGGCACCAUGGACUAGCGAGACGAGCCUCCUCGAGGCCUUGGCACAGCAAUAUCUUGUCAGCGAGGCUAUAUUGCGAACCUUCCUAGGACCAUCCGAUGAUGUAAAGCGCAACGAAGUAUUCCAAACCAUGGUUUUACAGCUCGUCCUGCUGGCAGAAACCACCUGUAAGGCCUUCUUGGAACGAGCGACCUGGGGCGAGCAACAGAUUGGGGUUGCGGGAGAGGAGUUUGUUGAAGAGGCGAAGUACGUGCGCGAGCGAUAUGAGGCCACCCGUGGUGAAUGGAUUAAGCCUCUGGUCACAUACGGGGAGUUGGACUCAGCUUAUCGCAUCGCGGAAGAUUACGAGGACUUUAAGACUCUGGUGGAGAUUUGCUAUGGCGAACUUAAGAAGAACGAAAUUGCCAUCAAGGAGGCGACAACGAAGCAGGAGGAUUCGGAGCCAUUCACGGAAGAAAUAGAGGCAAUAAGUGACAGACUGGAGAGCUAUUUCCAGCGGUUUGGUGGGGAUUUUGCCAUGCCGCUGUACGAAUACCUGGUCGAAAACAACAUGCUGUACACUCUUCUCGGCGACUUUGACGGCUGGCGCGAGAGGUACUUGACGCCGUUCCUCCGCAAGGAUCCCAAGUACGCAAAAGUUUCCUGGAUUCACGACGUGGGUCUCGGCGACUACGAGACUGCUGCCAACACACUCUUGUCGGUAGCUGCACAGAAAGAGGGUCUGUUGCUUAAUCAGCAAAUCCAACUCUCCAUUGGCAAGCUUGCGAAGUUGGCCGCUCUCGAAAACAGAGGUGCGACUGAGGACGACGUGGAAGAAGAGCUGGAUCAAUACGACACGAAAUUGGAGUUGAUCAAAAUCCAGCAGAAACUGUAUGCGAUCGUUAAGGACAUCACCCACAGCGCCAUCGACGUUGACGCGGCCGUACAACUCGGCACCGACGAGUACGGCAGGAAGGUCAGGAAGAGCCCAGCCACGAAAGAGGUAUUCCGUCAUGCAUUCAGGGAGCUGGUCUCGGGCAAGGUGCUCAAGGUUGAGGAUCUGGUCGAGUUGCUCACGAUCAUGGAGCCGACUGAUGGCCCUCUGAUGGAGGGUGAGUCAUUCGGUAUGGCUCUCAAUGCGCUUGGUUUGGCCGGCUUGCCGAAAGCUCAGAGACAGUUCGUCGAGGCGACGAUCUGGCGAAGAUGUUAUCUACGCGAUGACUGGACCCACAUAAUAUCCACCCGCGGCCGCACCGACGAAGAUGUAACCGAGCUCUCCCGGCAAACCAGCGUCUUUACCACGCUGGUGUACUGCUACCAAAACGGCCUAUUCGAAUCUAGGUCUCCCUUCCAGCCUCUGAGUCCCGAAGCAUGCCUCUGGUCCGAGAACACGGACGAGAUCCGAGCCCGCUUCCCAGGCGCAACCGAAGAGGAGCUUCUUGCCUUCGCUCAUGAUCUCUCUGAGGAGAAUAGACGCCUCAAGAGACACAUGGCCAAGGGUGACAUGCAGGCUUGGUUCCAUGGUAUGGACGCUCAGGCGCAGGAGGAGACGAGGCGGAUGAAUGACGAGGAGGACGAGGAGGAGGAUGCGGAUGGCGAUGUUACCAUGGAGUAGAUUUAGAUUUUGCUUUUAGUUGUGCAAGGAGUGCUAGGGGGGCAUGGCGUGGGGGAUUUGUAUUGAUAAUGGAUCGACCUACUUAGCGGAUGAUGUGCAUGAGUGAGAGAGGAUGUAAGAGAUUGCGAUGACUUUGGAAUACC